AUGGGAAGCUCUUCCGCAGCUCUGCUUGAUACAUGGGCUGUGUGGCAGGAACGGAAUCUGCACGUAUGUGCAAUCCAAAGUGGUUUGUUCGUGCCCUCCUCAUUACGAGAUGAGCGAUCCAAACGACUGGCGCAAAGGUUGCAAGCCAAAGUUCAGCGUGAGCUGCAACACCGCUCAGCGAUUUACACAUCUAGCGCUACCCCAAACAGAUUUCUGGGGUUACGAUCUCAAUUACUCCACCUCCAUUUCCUUGGAGGCUUGCUGGAAGAUACUUGCGAAGGAAUGCACUAUGUGUUUGGUAGUGCUCUUUGCUACGCUAAGAGCAUUCUCUUUAACGGGAGAAGUUCUCCGAGCACCCCAGGCAUUUUGUAUUUGAGGAUACCCGAAAGUAUAUCGACUUCGGGGUCCUCUGCUCUUCAAAUGCAUCAGCCCAAUUGUAAUGAUACGCACUCUGAAGCUACAGUAAGUUCUUCAAAUAUGUACGCGAGCAGCAGCGGGAAGGCGAGAUGGGCGUAUUUCUAUGGUUUCAUAUCAGCGUUCGGUGCCAUCGAAAUCCUGUUUAUUGUAUCAGGAUGGUGGUUUACCUUCAGAAUGGAACAGAAGCCAACAUCCCUGGAAGAAGGGUGCAGGUUGAUAUCCAGUCAAUUCAGGCAGUUCACAUAUGAAGAGCUCAAAAGGGCAACUGGGAAAUUCAUGGAUGAGACUGGAAGGGGAGGCGCAGGUGUUGUGUACAAGGGAGUAUUGGAUGAUAAGAGGGCGGUGGCGGUGAAGAAGUUGGGAGAUGCCAUCCAAGGAGAACUCGGUGCUGAACUGAGUCUAAUAGGGAGAAUUUAUCACAAGAACCUUGUGAGAAUAUGGGGGUUCUGUUCAGAAGGUCCGCAUAAGCUGCUCAUUACCGAGUAUGUGACCAAUGGUUCUUUGGAAGAAGACAGAAACAAAAGACCGACAAUGGAUUCUGUAGUCCAUAAGCUCCUGUCAUACCAUGAUGACCCCAGCUCCCACAAGGAACUAGCAGUAAAUCAGUAG